GCCAACGGUAGCACGGUUUGCCCUGCCGUCUCCUCCCUCCGCUGCCUUUGCCAGCCCUACCGCCUCGCCAUGGGAAAUGAGGCCAGCUACCAAACUGAGCUGUGCAACCACUUCGACCAGGAAGAGAUCAGAAGGCUGGGUAAAAGCUUCAGGAAGCUGGACUUGGACAAAUCGGGCUCCCUGAGCAUAGAAGAGUUCAUGAGGCUGCCUGAGCUGCAGCAGAAUCCGCUGGUGGGCCGAGUGAUCGACAUCUUCGACACAGACGGCAACGGGGAAGUGGACUUCCACGAGUUCAUCGUGGGCACCUCCCAGUUCAGCGUCAAGGGUGAUGAAGAGCAGAAGCUAAGGUUCGCCUUCAGAAUCUACGACAUGGAUAAUGAUGGUUUCAUCUCCAAUGGGGAGCUCUUCCAGGUGCUUAAGAUGAUGGUGGGAAACAACCUCAAGGACUGGCAGCUGCAGCAGCUGGUGGACAAGAGCAUCUUGGUCCUGGAUAAGGAUGGCGAUGGCCGGAUAUCCUUUGAAGAGUUCAGUGAUGUGGUCAAAACCAUGGAGAUCCACAAGAAAUUGGUCGUGUUUGUAGAACACGGUCAAGAAGACUUAAACGCUUAAAACUAAGAAAAUGUACAUCUUUGCCUUUCUUUCUCAAGGUUGUGUAUGUGGGAGAAGACAACAUUUCUCAUGUGGAGUAUUAGGAACUCCUUCCCUGUGGCAUUCAGACUUUUAACAGAUUGUUAACUUCAUGUUGUAACAACUAGCAAAAAUAUAUUUAUCUUUGCUUAGUGUCC